UGGCUCCAGGGGGCGGCCCUCACGGGUCCCGGAGAAAUGGCGGAGACUGAGGCGGCAACGGAGGAGCCAGAGGCGUCCAAAGAGGCCUACCAGGUGUCGCGCGAUGUGGCGGGAACGUUGAGGCGACAGGACCCGGUCACCGGGGACGUGGAGCUCUACACCAGUAUUGACGGCAUUUUGCAGGCGGUGCCCAAAAUGAAUUGGGACAUGGCGGCCACCUGGAGUCGGCUGCCGAUCAUGCGAGUCCACCUCUUCCUGGACAAGGUCAGCUUCCAGCGGGGCGGCAUCAUGCGGUCCUAUGCCAGCAAGGUCUUCAGCCCAGAGGGCUUGGACCUGAUCCAAGCCAUCGCCUGGUGGCGGAAGCGGGUGAAGAGCCCGGCCAAGGGCUUCGCGGUCUUCGAGGCCUCCUUCGACUCCCAGGUGUGCAUCACCGACCCGCCCACGCUCAUGCUGGAUGGGGCUACUGGGGAAGCUGAAGCAGAUGAUGCCGAAGCCAUCCAGAGGAAACGAGAGAGCCACGCGAAGAGGAGGGAGCUGGAUAAGAGGUGGGUGACUAAAGGCAUCUCUGAAGAAGCUCUCCAGAAAAUCAAGCAGGCAGAUAUGCAUCGUAUGAGCCGCAAGGUAUCCUCUUGGAGUGCGUGGAGGUCGUGGGACAAGACGCUUUGAGUCCUGAGCGCGUUGCAUGGAAUGGCCUAAGCUUGCGGAUGGCACUGGCGGGCCUUUCGGUGGGGAAGGGAGCAGCUGGAUGCUCCAAGGGCCCACAAAGGGGCCCGGGGGGAAUUGAAUGCCUGAAAUAAGAGGGUAAGAACUGGAGCUAGAGGUAAAACCCCUGCAAAAGGUGUGAGAAUGUAAGAAGGCAGAAGGACGCCGACCAAAGCGAGAAAAUUAAUCGCACUGGUGUAAACAGAGCACUAAUCCCUCGCCCUGUUUGCGCCUCUACAAGACACCUCCAUUUUGCAAACGUGCCACAUGGUCUUUUUUGUUUGAAUCGGAU